CGUUAUCAGCCGCGAAGAGGAAGUACAGCCAGCGUACAAUCCGUGGGAUCAAUAGGUGGGAGUCUGGACAUGCAACAACGGCGAGGCAGUAGCGUGAGGGAGAGCAGUCAGAAUGCCAUCUCGACUCUUUUGCAACCGCCGAUCAUGCGAACGGGAAUGUUGCCGCAUACCCAAGCUUCAGCGACAGCAUCUGGAGGAUACAAAGCGCCGACGACUCGAGAUAUCCCUCCUGUCACCCUGACCAACGUGCCUCACGUGCCACCAGAGAACUUCCGAGACUAUCUUGCCAAGAUUGGCCCGCUAUUCGAGAGUUUCCAGCGUGGUCGAGCGGAGCCAGAUCAGCCAGCUUGGAUGAAGAAGGACAAGGAGUUGGAGAAGACGGAUCGGUUUGCAGAGGCGCUGGAGAGGAGGAUAAGCAGAGAUGCGUCAGCACCUCCUACGUUCUCCCGACAGUCCUCCGUGUCACUCUUGUCGCCCAUUGACAGUCCGACAAGGAGGAGAGGUUCAGGUCAGGUCAGGCGGAACCGCAAUGAACCGACACCUUUAUCGACCAUACCUACUGUCUAUUUCGACGAGGACUUCCACCUGGAAAAUCCGCGAACUUUCGAUGUGGUAUCAGAACGAGCCGAGAUUAUACGACCACCGCCAGGUACUCCCGCUGUUGAGCAAAAGGCUCCCAAUGGCACAACACUACCUCCGAGAAAAGCACUGGCCACGAAUGCAAUUCUGCAAGAGAAGAUGAGCUGGUAUAUGGACACAGUGGAGGUUCAUCUGAUCAACAGCAUCAGCACGGCGAGUAGCGGAUUCUUUGCGGCAUUGGGGUCGCUGAAAGAGCUCCAGACUGAAGCAGAAGAGAGUGUGGCUAAGAUACAGAGUCUGCGAGAGGAUCUUCGACGGUUGGACAAGGAGGUCGCACUGUCUGGCUUAGAGGUCGCGGCAAAACGACGAAGGAGAGAGAACGUUCGUAAGCUGGGCAAAGCGACUGCACAAGUCCAGCGUGUGGUCGAGAACGUCAGGAAAGCCGACGGGCUGGUGGAUGCAGGUUCCUACGAUGAAGCGGCAGAUCAGAUGGACCGAGUAGGAAAUUUGGUCUGCGGGCAAGCUGAAAAGGGCGAGGAAGAUCAAGAGCUGAUCGACUUGCGUCCGCUGAAAGCAUUGCAAGGCUUGGACACCGGACUGCAGGAAUUACAACUUCGCAUUGGAACUGGAUUUGCCCAGCGUUUUACAAGCAUACUCAUGGAAGAUAUACGACAGCAUGUUGAAAAGGUACCUUCGAGCGAUACAUUAAAGCGAAUGUCGAGGCAGCGGGGCAUACAGCCCGUCUACAUGGAAACGAACGAGCAAUUUCGAAAAGAACUACUGGUUGCAUUGAAGGGUCUGGCUCGUGCUGGUCACACCGCACCGGCGACAGCUGGCUAUCGAGAGGCUGUGAACAAGGAGAUGAAAGCCAUCAUUCGGAGAUACCUUCCUAGCAGCAGCGAUGACGACGCGGACAGCAUGGUCUCGACAUCCACCAGAGGCGGAAAUCAAUUGACGCAGCAGGAGAAGAGCAGUAUUCUUGCGAGAAAUUUGCGUGCUUUGGAUCCCGAGGAUGCGGAGAAGCUGUUCAUCAAUAUCUACACGUCUGUCUCUGAGGCAUUGAGACGUGUAUCUACUCAGACAAAGAUACUGCUCGAUGUGACGAGCAGCAUGCAGGCCCCUGAGCCAAAGUCGCCCAUACGAGUCUCUACACGUUCCGUGGAUGAGCAGAUGUCGAACGGGCUACCCGUACCUCCCCCAAAAGUGACCGUUCAGGAAGAGCUAUCUCAAGCAUUGGACAUGUCAAGCCUGCUCGGCGUUGCUGUCGACACUGCACAAACGCAGAUCACAAGGGUGCUCAAAGUCCGGAACGAGCAAUCGAUUCGUGUUUCCAAAGAGCUCUUCCUUCGCUACUUCACUCUCAACCGUGUGUUUGCGGAUGAGUGCGAAGCCGUGAGUGGUCGCGGCGGGAACGUGCUCAAGGGGAUCAUCAACGCGCAGAUAUCCGGCUUCGUGCAAGUUCUCGGCACAUCCGAAACUGAACGCAUCGCCUCCGUCCUCGACAACGACAUCUGGAACGCCGAAGACUUCGCCGACCAUCACGACACUCUCCUCCAACGCGUCCUCACGUCCAUGACCCACGACCCAGCAGAAUGGAACACAUCAACCACUCCUCUGUGGCAAGACAUUCCAGCCUCCACCAACGGCACAGUCUCCAUCCCACCCGCAACGAACGGUAACAAAACGACCGCCAAACCCGCCCACAUCAACUCCACUCGCUUUAUUCUCGUCCGCAGCGCCCUCUCCCUCCUCUCGCCACUGGAUACCCUCCUCUCCCUAACCUCUUCCCUCCCCUCCCUCACUCCCGCAAUCGCAAACUCCCUCCUCGAUCUCCUCCGCACUUUCAACUCCCGCGCCUGCCAACUCAUCCUCGGUGCCGGCGCAACCCGGUCCGCGGGUCUCAAGAACAUCACAACCAAACAUCUCGCCCUUGCAUCUCAAGCUCUAUCAUUUGUGAUCGAGCUGAUCCCCUACAUUCGCGAAGCGAUCCGACGACAUCUGCCCGCCGCUGGCCCGAAUAAUGUGCUGCAGGAAUUCGAUAAACUCAAACGACUGUAUCAAGACCAUCAGUCCGGCAUUCAGGACAAGCUCGUAGAAAUCAUGACUUCCCGCUCCAACGCGCACGUCAAAGCUAUGAGCGCUAUCAAUUUCGACGCUCCUCCCACGACUGGCACUGCAGGCGAACCGUCGCCGUAUGUUGAAACCUUGACAAAGGAAACGCUCACCCUGCACCGUGUUCUGUCGAGGCAUUUGCCGGAUGUUGAGGUGGGCAUGAUUAUGCGGAGGAUCUUCGAGGGAUACAGGGAGCAGUGGGUUGCUGCUUACAGCAAAGUGGUCGUGAAUACGAGGCAGGGAGCGGAGAGGUUGAGGGGUGAUGGGAAGGUUUUUGGGGAGAGGUUGGGGAAGGUGGAGGGAUUUGAGAGCUUGGUUGGGAGAGCGGUGGAGGGCGUGCUUGAAGGAAAAGCCAAGGCUGUUGAGGAGAAGAUUAAGGUGGCGGAUGAGAAGGUUAAGGCGGAG